CGCUCAGGUACAAUAUCGGAAGCAGAUUUUUCUGUGUCGCGUUCGAGACACUUAAAAAUGCUAUGGAGGAGCUCCGUGAAUUCUUGGCUGACCUUGAAGACAUCGGAGCAUCACAUGAUGAGCUAGAUUUGCUCAAUGAAGUCUUGGGGGAUCCCGAGUAUCAAGCCUUGGCUGAGAUACAUGACCUCUUGACCUCCAAGUUACCCAGUCCCCGUGACGACAAUGCCAGUGACACUCUCCAUGACACAAUUGACAUCGUCGCUGCUCAGGCGUCGACUUUCAAGAAAGGGAGAGAAUUGCUGAAUAUUUUGGAAAAUCCACAUUUCAUGUCUCUGAUCUACAGCCAUGAUGACGUAGCUCGAAAGCUUUAUGACGAUGUGUUCCCCGAGGACCUAGACCUGGCCAGUCCACCCCCACCUGUCUUUGAGGCAGUGGGGGAGCAGCACCGAUACGUCACCAUCAGGAAGAACGGGAAACAACCAUUGGGUAUCACUGUGCGUCUGGAUGAAAUGAAUGAGCUGGUUAUUGCCAGAAUCCUCCAGGACAGCUUAGCCGAUAAACAAAAACUUCUCCAUGUUGGGGACAUCAUCAAGGAAGUCAAUGGCAUCGCUGUUUUUGUGCCGGAGGACAUGAUGAUUGUGCUCAAGGAGGCUGAGGAGUCAAUCACAUUCAAGAUUGUCCCGUCCUCAUCUGAUAAACUACAUUCUAAACCAGUAUUUAUGAAAGCCUGUUUCAACUAUGAUCCCAUGGCAGACAGACUGAUCCCAUGCAAGAAGGCGGGUCUCCCCUUCAGGGAAGGGGACAUUCUAGAUGUUGUUGACGUCACAGAUGAGAACUGGUGGCAGGCUAAGCUAGCGGAAGUACCGGAUGCCCCAGUGGGCCUGAUCCCAUCGAGGACGCUGCAGGAGAAACGGGGAGCGUAUGUCCAGCCAGAGCUGACCAAGACCAAGACUAACCUUUUGUGUGGUUUGAAGACGAAAAGAAAGAAAAAGAUUGGCUACAGUUCCUCUGAAACCACAGAAUUUGACAACUGUGACAUCAAGGUGUAUGAGAUGGUGGAGCGGUCAAAGAAACACCGGUCAUCGCUGGUGCUUGUCGGAGCCUCAGGUGUGGGCAAGCGGUCACUCAAAGAGAGGAUCAUUAGAGAGUACCCGGACAGAUAUGGAGCUGCAAUACCUCUCCUUGAAGUUCCUGCAGUCUCCAGAUUUCAAGCCUUUUGUCAUUUUCAUUGCGGCCCCUAGUGUGGAAGCUCUCAAAGUUAUGUACAAUGAGGGAAAACGUGUCAAUAAUAAUGCCAGGAAAGCUGACAGUCGGGCAGAACUCUUUUUGGAGGAGGUAUUCAUCCGUACAGUCAGAGAUAGCCAGGAGAUGGAACGACAGUACAAGGGCAUGUUUGAUGAGAUGAUCGUCAACGACGACUUUGAGACGACUUAUCGUACCGUUGUUAAGAUGAUGAACGAACAGCUGCGACAGCACAAGUGGAUCCCUGUGGAGUGGAACAACUAACUGGCGAGACUCAUCCACUUUUGUUGCACCCUCCAUACAGAUGUUACAGCCUUAUUGUUAUAAUUAGCAUUGAGUCAAUGCCAUACAUAUUAUUAUUACUACAAAUGUAAAGAAAAGAUGGUUGUGAGAACUGAGCUAUGAUGUGAAAGUGAUCAUUAUUGACAGGCAGCAAAUUGCAUAUCAUAUUUCCCCUCUGGUACUUGUGUGAGCAGAACAAAUGAUGGCAGAGUAUCGAUUUUUUCGGACUUUGAACUUUGGAGGACUUUAAGUCUGAAUUGAUAGCUUUAUUAUGGUAAUGGUGUUGUUUCUGUACUCUCUACAGUAAGAUUGAUGUACUGGUUUUUUACUCUUAUCCACUGGCCCCGUAGCAGUGGCUAUUUGUUUUUUUCCACCUGUAUUCUCCUCCGUUAUCGUGAUUGUAAAACGGUAAAAACGUCUAUGAAGUCUGUUGGUCUAGGCCUACUGUGUACCACUUCACCUUUCGUCAUUGAUUUCACAGUUUUUGGGUUUUUUUUCAUUUUGGUCUUUUGAGAUAUUUGGCUGACUGAGGGGUUAAUUCGUUGAGGAAGCAUAGUCCGGUCCUUUGGCAAUGCUUGAAGAUUCACUGUUAUAGAGCACUUUUUUAAAAAAGAAGCAUAACUUCGUUUUACUUAUACUGAAUUUCAAUUCUGUUUUCUUUAUUAAACAUUUUUUAAAAGACAAGCAACAGCAUGCUUACUAUGAAAUAUAUGCAAAUUCGUGUUUCUGAUUUAUGAUGGCUUGAAUUGUGCCGAAACAUUGCGGUUGGUCUGCCUCUGAUCGGACAUAUAUAUGUCUACUUCAUCCUUAUAAAGUUGAAUGAUGUGGAAAGGGAAUUAUCUAUUUUACAUGAGGCGGGACAAAACCAAAUUGUUGAAAAAAUCACUUUCUCUUAUAUAUUUUCUUAAAACUUCAUCUUGAUGUCUUACAUGUUGUGGGAAAUUAACCAUUAUCAUUCAGUAGAAAUACUCUCUCUCUCAAAAAUCCCAAACAAAAGGUUAAGGGACUGAUACUGGUAGGCCCUACAUGUUGCCACUGGGCGGUUGGUUUUCUUUGAUCCCACUCGAACAAAUCCCAAGUAAAGGACUGAUUAUACUGAUUAGUACUUUUAGUAAAAAGGAACCAGGACAACUAAAAGCAACUACUCUUCCAUAAAUACCAUCUUUACUCGAGUGGUAUGUAGUUAUUCAUAUUAUUUUAAAAUUGGAAUAUGAUGAAGAUUUAAAGAAAUUCUCUUGAUUUAGCCGAAUUUUAAACACUUUUACCCAAAUUUAUAUUUGCUGAAAUACUGAAGAAAUUUCUUUCAUUAUUGCAAAAAUUAGUUACAAGAUGGUUUUUAACAAUUCUCUUCUCUUGCCUUUUAAUUUGCCCCUGUGAUUUUAUCCAUUCUUUACUGAAGACUGCCAGUGAUCUGUAUCAGUCGUCAAUAGUUACUCUAAUAUUUCAGAGCAAUAGAAAAGAUUUUAACUCAAGAUUUUUCUCGUUGGAAAUUUACCUUGAAUCUUUCUGACCAUUGUGGCAAAGAAUUUGUAACAUUGAAGUGAGCUUGGACAUCCAUUGAUGAACACUAGGAUACUGGGAUAUUAUUGAGAGUUAGAUAAGCUCUUGUGGUGCUUUGAUGAGAUUUUUGCUUCUCAUCAGUUGUUGUUUUUUUUGGUUGUGAAAUUCUGCUUCUGACACUCAACUCAAGAAGAUUUUCACAGCUGUAUCAUAUAGAUAUCAAUAGUGUCUAUCAUUAUAUUUAACACAUUGAACAAAACUUAAUUAAAAUUCUCUGCAAAUGCUUCUCAGCUACUCAUUAGACUUGUUUUUCUUGCAACUUUGUCAUUUUUCAGUUUAGAUAUUUGUUCUGUUUAUUUUUGCUUUUUUCUUUGCACUAUUUCAUAGUUUUGAUAUUAUGCUUGACUUGAGAACAUUGUCCCGUUUUUCUUCAUUGGUCUCUUUUCUCUCAUGACACGAUCUAUACAUAAUGAAAUGUUCCACACAAAGUGGGGCAUUUUGCUGAUCAAAAUGAUCUAGAUGUAAGGGUGUCAUUAAACUGCACGUAAGUGGGCGCUUAUCAUUUAAGAGUUUUAUUUAAUGAAUGUGAGUAUGUCUCAUUUGUUUAAUUUAUUAAACAAUUUUAAGAAGUCAGUUAAUUGUCAGUGCUCACUGUUGAAUUACCGCCUGUCUUGCAGGUUGGAGAGGAUUCAGACAGGCUUCUUUGUGUUAAACUUACACAGUUGUAGAUUGCUUAGAAUUUCAGGACACAGAUUUCGUGCCCCCCCCCGAACCUUUUCCCAUUUCAUAAAGUAGAUAUUGGUUAUCAAAUGUUUCAAGAUGGAAAAAUCAAGUUAAUACAGGGCCUCACAAUUCUUAUAUUCAGUUACGUUCCUGGUGGGUUAUCAGCUUCCAUGAUUGUUUUCCUUUUUGGCAAGGGAUUGAAUUUUCUGUUUUCCUUUUACUGAGAACUUCAUAUACCAUGCACACAGUAGUAGAACCAGAGGCAGGUAGUAGCUGUACUGUUUUAGAUUACUAAAGGCUUGUUUUCAUUUCCUGUAGCACCUGAAUUUGAACAUUCAACUUGCCUGUCAUUUUAAAAUCUUUAUAUUUUGAAUUAUGUUGGAUUGUGUUUCAAAAAUGGAUUUAGUCUAUUUAUUAGUGUGUUUUGAGUCAUUUCAUCUUUUACUGUUGUAAAAAUGUACUAAGAUCGGAGCAAGCUAUUUUAUCCAUUGCGGAUCUGACUUAUUCCUGGUGAUCAGUUUGUUUCUUAAAUAAGUACAGACACGAAAAGAUAUUUUUAACAUGGCACUGUAUCAGUUUCAUAUAUUUGUAGUAAUGGGCUUUCUGUUUUUGAAUUGUGAUCUGAACUUUAGCCCAAAUAUGUUUAUUUUUGCUUACACUUCACUUUUUAUGCAAUUUAUAACGAGGGCUGUUGUAACUAUUGACAAGAACUAGAACAUUCCUAACACACCUUUAAAAAUGAUUUGUUUCUCAUUGUAAAUGAAGAAAUAUAUCAAUGCCA